AUGAGCUACAACGAGAGCUUUGAAUCGGUCGUGAACUUGCCCUUUGCCCUGGGGGAUUUCACUCAAGCACCAAGAGUCAAGGAUCCGGUAAUCAACUUCAAGUUGCAGCAAAAUGGCAAAGCAGUGACGCUAUUCAAUGUCCAUGCCGUAUCCGAAGUACCCAGGAACUUGGUCUCUGUGUUGCAAAAUGAGUUCAAUUUCAUAGUAGAAGAAGGGCAAACUUAUCCUUACAUAGACGUGCUAGGGUACGACGAAUUUGUCCAGUACUGGUUCCACCACUUUGUCGCCAUCUUGAUUGAAGGAAAUUACGCCUCGUUUGAAGAUCCGCAGUUGCAAAACUUGUCAGUUGAGCAGUGGCAUGACUUGUUCUUGGGCUCUUUCUACGUCAAGCCCAACUACGUGGGGCGUUGUUCUCAUGUGUGCAACGCAGGAUUCGCAGUGAAUCACGUGAAGAGAGGGCUGGGCUUGGGCAAAGAGUUGGGUGCUAAAUACUUGCAAGUUGCCCCCCAGUUGGGCUAUGUUUAUUCGGUGUUUAAUCUUGUGUUUGAAACCAACGUUGCGAGUUUAAAGAUCUGGGACUCUUUGGGGUUUGAAAGGAUCGGGUACGUGAAGAACGUAGCGGUUUUGAAAGGAUAUGACCGUUUGGUGGGUGCUCAUAUCUUUGGCAAGGACUUGGUGUCUAAAUCUGUGAAUAGAUAAAGAGAAAGGGAAAGAGAACAGGACAUUUCCAAUAGAAGACACACUCUGAUUAUCAUCAUCAUCAUCAUCAUCAUCAUUAUUUUGUAGCAGAAACUCUCAACCAAACCACUCACUUUAUACAGCCCAACUGGAGUUCUUUUGUUCCCGAUUGCGAAAAAAAAAGGAAUAAAAAUACCCCAGACGUGUGGGCAUUUUUAAUUUAAUCAACAGCCAUGUUGUGAGAAGUUCGGGCACUCAAAUGAUGAGACCCAUGGAUAGAGAACGGCUAGAUCAGUCAUACCACGAAUUCCACACUGGGACACCGCGAGAAGAACACCAUGAUUCCAUACCAGAGCCGCAUCAUGAUGUCAACGAUGACGACAACGAUGACGAGUUCCUCCUGGAGCAAGAUUUCACCUCUAGAUACCCCGAGUACCACCCACGAGACGCAAAAAAAAGGGCGACGCCAGCAUCCAUGCCCCAGCUCAACAGACACACGAUUCUAUUAAAAGACGGCGUCACCACCGCCACAAUCUACCCCAUCGCAAUCGACGACCGCGUGCCCUUUGGCCUCGUGCAAUUCCUAUGCGAGGAAUUCAACAUGGAGAUAGAACGAGGCGAAACCUUGCCCUUCUUUGACCCAUUAUCAGUCGAGGAUUUCACAAAUUACUGGUUCGACUCAUUCGUCGCGAUCAUGUGCUUGGGGGACUCGCUUGAUUUAAAUGAAGACGAGCGCGAAUGGGAGCGGGAGUGCUUGGGCACAUUUUGCAUCAAGCCCAACUAUCCCGGACGCAGGUGCUCCCACAUCUGCACGGCUGAGUUUUUGGUGAAUGCCGGGAUCAGAGGCAAGGGCGUGGGACGCACUCUCACUGAUUGUUUUUUGAGAUGGGCGCCCAAGUUGGGGUAUACGUAUGCCAUCUUGAACCUCGUGUUUGAAACGAAUGCCGCCGCGAGGAAAUUAUGGGAACUGAUGAAUUUCAAACGCGUGGGUAAAGUGGCGAAUGCCGCCUACGUGAAGAACAGCGAGGUGCCUGUUGAUGCCAUCAUUUACGAGCGGGACUUGUCCGAGACGUCAACGACGGAAUCCCACGCGUACAGGUUUGAUAAAAUCAAGUAUUAUUUGGAGACGGGGAAGUACCCGGCCACAGCGGACCGACAGGAGAAAGCACGUUUACGGUCGGGCGCAUUAAAGUAUACGUUGGAGAAGGGAAAGUUGAUGAUCAAGGGUAAGGAAGUUAUCGCGGACCCCGAUCUGCAGUUGCGCGUGUGCCAGAUGGUUCAUCGUGAGAAUAAUCAUUGCGGGAUCAACAGGUCGACUACUUUGGUGGCAGAAAAGUACCACUGGCAGCGCAUCAAGGAUACCAUGAGCGUAGUGGUGAAAAACUGUGAACAAUGCAAUGCAAACGCAAACAUAGACUCGAAUGACGACGUGCAUGGGAACAAGAGGCGACGAGUUGAUGAGGAAAUGGAGGAAACCGCACUAGCUGCUCGUGUCCUGGCUGUAGUGGCGGAGGUCAAGGAAAACUACAGAGAAGGAUACCGGCCGUCCUACGCCGAAGUCGCGGCAUCGUCGCUUCUGAAGUAUCCUCAGUAUAAACAAGUCAUCUCUGACAGCGACGUAGACCACCAGAUGGUUCAACCUCGCGUCAGGAAAUACCAUUAA